AUGAACGCCACACUCCCCUCCGUUGGCGGAGCUUCUGCGCCGGCGAGCGGCUCUGAGGCGUCGUUCGACAUCUCGCAGCUGAAGCUCGCGGCGCAGCGGCGGCUCGAGGCGCUGCAGGCCGUCGCGGCCUCGCAGAAGGCGGUGACGCCGCGCCCGCCUCCGCCGUAUCCUGCGCCCGCGCCAGCGCCAGCGCCCGCUCCUGCGCCCGCGCGCCUCUCUUUCUCUUCUUCUUCCCUGCCUUCUGCGCCUCCUGCGCCUCCUGCGCCGGGCGGCGCCGUCUACAGCGUGGCGACUUGCUCCGCGUAUCCUCCAGUCUUUGCGCGCGCGUUUGCUCAAGGCUCUGAAGGCGCCUACGGCGCGGCAGCCUCGCCGCAGCCGCAGCACUUCCAGACAGCCAGCAGGGCAUUCGCGCGGUCCGCCUCCGGCGCCUACGCGGCGCCCUACGCUGCGACGUCUCACGACGCGCGAGCCGCUGCGGCGCGCGAGGCCGCGCAUCAGGCGAUGGGAGUCGCCGCGCUCAUGAUUCCGAAACCCGCCGUUGCGGACGAGCCUCUCGACGAGAAUGACUCUUCCUUUCCAGAUGUUACGCAGCUUCCCAACGGCCUCUUCUGCAUGGAUUUGCCACUAGAUUCUUCCUCGGCAGCCACGGCCGACGCGAACGGCGCGCCUGCGCGACAGGAUACCUGGCAACGGCUGAUGAAGAAGGAAACUUUGCAAAAGAUCCGCGAGCGAACUGGGGCCGCAGUCCUAGCCAGAGGGAAACCCGGCGGCGAGAACAAGAAGGGCCUUUACCUCCGCAUCACAGCCGACAAGAAGCUGAAAGUCCUCCAGGGGGCCCUCUGCGCAAGGGAUUUGCUGUGCGCGAAGCAGCAACUCAUGCUCCCUCCUCACGUCGUCACGCCUUCGACAUUCGACGUUGCCGCUGCGAUGGAGGGUCCUGACGCGGAGUUCCUGCGGAAGGUCUUCGAGGUCAGCCACGCGUUCGUGGAUGUUCAGGGCCGCAACGUCUCAGGGACGGCAACGGCGGCGGGCGGCAGCGGCGCAGAGGACUCGCUCCACUUUGCGAUCUUUGCGCAGGACGAGAAGGCACUUGAGAAGGCCGUCGCGCUGCUCAAGUGGCGCCUGGCAUGCGUGGAAGAGGCCAUCAGACAACACACAGAUCCUGCGAGUUUCCUGCUCAACCGCAGCCAGCCGCAAGGAAUUCCAAACAAGCAAUCCAACACGCUGCAGACUGUGGCGCAGGCGCCUUCUCUGCACGCUGCGAACUCGAUGACCGUCGCGAACUCCCUGCAGACGGUACACCCUUCUGAUCCGCGUGGGCUCCCAGGCCUCGCAGCGACGCCCGGCGGAGUCCAGGAGAUGAUCGCGAGCACUUUCUGGCAGGCAGGACUUCCGGAUGAGCAAGAAAUGGCUCGCCGAAGACGCGAGGCUGAGGAAAAACGCCGCCGCCGCAGAGACAAAAAAGAGCGAAGAUCUCGCUCCCGGUCGCGGUCUCCAGUGGGGCAUGCCGCCGUGGCCUCACGGCGUCUGAACAAGCUGAGUUUCGCGCCGCCGCCGGACGAGAUGCUUUCUGGGCCUUACGUUCCGGCAGAUUGA